AAAUUUUGCUGACAUUAUAUAUUUUUUGCUUGCUAUUCAUAUGUAAUUUUGACAAACUGAGCUAAUGUGUACUUUCCCUUAAAUUUCAAUCACAUUUUUCAUUCAUUAUGAACUGCCUAAACGUUGCUGUCUCUACAGAGAUAUAGCUAUGUGAAACUUUAAAAAGUGAUCGAUGAUGAAGAAGAUGAAGAAAUGAAUGCAACGUUUACAUUUUUUAGCAAUGUGCUGACACCAUUCAAGUGGGUGGUUGAGGCAGUGAUAAGGAGAGUUUUCAGUGUGUAUUUCCAUGUAUGCAUUCAUGUUAUCAUAACCUUUCCGACCAACUUACACAAAAGUUUAUGAUAAUAAUUUGACCAUUGUCGCAGACCAAAUGUUGGUAGAAUAAAGAUAUUAUCUCAGAAUUAUUUGGGUGAGAUUCCAUUUCAAUUAUGUGUGUGACAUCGAUGUCUAAGAGAGUAUUGUAGUUGUAGCUGAAGAUUGGGUGUGGUGCAACCUAAACCGGUAGAAUUCCAAAAACUGUUUUCAUAAAUCCAUGACAAGACACACACACACACACACACACGCAUUCACGCUCACACACACAGGGAGAUUGAAUUGCAUUAUUGACUCUCACCACAGGGCGUCUUAAAAUAUCUGAAACCUUAUUCUUUUAAUUUGUGUGUGUGCUUGCAUGUUGCGUUUUAUGUUAACCCCUGUGACUGAAUCAAGAGCCGUAUAUGAACCAAUUUUAUAUACAUGCAUCCUCAUGUUGUUAUUUAUUUCAAAAGAUUUUAAAGAAAUUAUAUGCUGUGCCUUUAUCUUGUCUUUUAAGCCAGUUAGAAGCGACAAGUAAUCGUAUGAAUAAAUGGAAAUAAACUCAAUGAUAAGAAAGUUUGUUGUUUUAAAAGUGGCUUGUGCACUCUUGCCCUGCCUAAUAACUGUUUUUAGCUGGGUUUUUCGUUUCUCCUCGUUUUCUUAAAGCAUGUGUGCGCAUGUAUUUAUGUUUCUGCUUCAGUGCCCUUUGUCGUAUGUGUGCCUGUUGAAGGUUUAUGUAUGCACAUGCCCAAUGUUGAAAGUUAUUUGGUGUAUUUGUCAUGUAUGCAUUCAUGCUGCUUUUGGUAGGUGUAUUUUAAUAUUACGUGCGUCACUGUGAGUGUAUUGGCUCUGUGCGUCCACUUUUGUUUGUUGGUCGGCAUAUCUUGGUGCUAUUGUUCUUGUGUGUGUGUGUGUGUGUAUGUGUGUGUCAGCUCUCGGUCUGCAGCCAGGGAGUCAGUCUUUGAGCUUUUCUGUUCAUCGUCGGCUGAUUUAUGCGCCUCACAGGGAAAUCUCUUAUUUGUAGCUCUUUCAUCUCAUUUUUUCUCUCCACUCCUUUUCUCUCCCGCUCUUUCUGGGUCUGUCUUCCUCUUGCCAUAAUGUGAUUCAGUACAGCUGGUCGUCCCAGGUGACGUGCCAUGCUUUGCUUGCACACAUCGCUCCCACCAACAUGAAUGAGUCAAGAGGAAUUGUUGAUGAAUAAUAAGAUAGAGCAAAAGAAAAAUGCUAUCUGGAUCUAGUCAAGCAAAAGAACUUCCCUCCCCUGAUCGUACUCUUUGUGGGCAAUGCUUAGGCACUUAUUGACACAUUGAAUGUGUUUGCGUCCCCCGUGCGGGGAUGCUUUUAUGGACCUCUACUAGAGAGUGUGGGUCUUCUACGACUGCCUUGUUUGAGUAGCCCUGUCACUCGAGCGAUUCUCUGGUGUCAAAACAGAUCAGAAAGGCCUGGCUUGACUUUUGCACCUAAAUACGAACAGACACACAUACACACUCUGACACACACAGGCUCAGUGCCAGGGCCCUUGGUGGUUGGAGGCUUAUGAAAGGGUCGGACUGAUGAGAGGUUGCCAAGUGUACGGCAAUAAGCGUACCAGCCAAGCUAACGAGAGUCAAAACACACACACACACAUACUGAGCCAUUACUGUAAGACACUGUGAGUCAGUUAAAGUUAAUGCCUGUGUGAGUGUGUUAACUUGCCAAUGCGACAGAGCAAUAUAAGACAGUAUUGAUCAUGCAUUGAAUGGUAACAGUUUAAACUCAUCAUCCUUUUUCCCCUGUGUGUGUUUAUCAUAACACUAGUAUUCAUGUAACAUGGUUUGUGCUUUGUAGAAAUAUCUCAACAAUCUCAAGAAUUUUUAUUACAUUUAUUUUGUCUUCUCUGCUUUGUGCCAUUCUCUCCUAAAAAAUGUGGACAUCGCUCUUACUACUUUACGAACAAGUGCAACAAGGACACAGAGACAGGGCUUCCUUCAUGGGCUCUUUCCUGGCCAACAGUUUGGGGUCCCCCCCAUCACACCCCUCUCACCCAUCCGGUCCUGCAACUGCCCCAUCCUCCCCCUCUUACAGGACAGGACCGAAUGCUUCUCCUAUCUGGUUCCCUCAUUCACAUGAAGGGUACCCCAACUAUUCGGGAAGUCUUGCCUCUCCAUUUCUGCCCAUGAGCCCUCUGGAUCACCACAGCAACAGUCUGUAUGGACAACACCGCUUCUAUGAAAGUCAAAAAGAUCACUUCUACUUAAGGGGUCUUCCGCCAAAGCCCCCUCUGCUCUCCACCAGUCACAGCCUUCCGCCGCUUGCUCGGACUACUCCCAAUCACCAGCCUAGCUCUUGCAACCGCGACUCAGACAAUGGGGCUGGGAAAAAUAUCAAGGACAUGGGAGAGAAAGUGGCUUUAUCUUUGUCAAAGGAGAAAGAGCGAUCCAGCAGCAAAGAGCGUCACCAGGAUACUAAAGAGAAACAGCAUCAGAUACAUCACCAUUCGAACCAAUCUAGCCCGACCAGUACCACAAUGGGCUUCCACCACCAAGGCUUCCCACAUCCUCACACUGCUCUCCUCCCUCACCUAUCACACCAAAGCAGAGAGGAAGAGCACAGACACCUGUCAGAGAGACACAAUGAAUACAGAGAAGUUGACGCAAACAGCCAGGGCACCAAACAUAUGAGUGCUUGUAAAUUGUCCGGUGGUUUUGGUGGAGACUCUGGCACAGCAUCUAAGGGAGUGACGGGAAAUGGCUACAGUGGUGGAGUGGGGAACCGACCACCAACAGCAGGCAGGCGCCAUUACAAGGAUGGAUCCAUGAGUGGAGAGUUGAGGGUCAGUGAUAACCCUGUCUCAUCCUCUGAAUGUAUGAAAAGAGGCGCAACUACAAAUAUCUUGGCAUCUACAACACACUCAGUGGGCUCCUAUUCCAUGCCUCCGCCUCUUGCUCCUCCACCUCAUCCUUUGCACAUGGGUCCGACAGUAACAGGAGGUUGGUUACACCAUACUCACCCAGAGUUUUACUGCCCUCCACCCCCUCCAGCUCUGGCAUCCUCGAAAGAUUCAGCCCCAACAUCCGGAGCAAGGGACAUUUGCAGAGAGGCAAGUGUCACUGGUCCAACUUAUGUCCCCUCCGUUGGGCCAUUAGGGGAUUUGGCAUCGCCUGAGGGUCGUGGGGGAGGAGGAUCUGGCAGGAAGGUAGAUGACAAGAAUGGAAGUGUGUCUUAUGAAAACACCACUAAUCACCUUAGUCGACUAAGCAGUUGUCACAAAAGAGAAAAACCCCAGCCACAUCAGCAGCAUAUGGGUUAUGGUAAGGCAGACAAACCUCCUGACUGGAAUCAGCAGAUACAGCACUUCCAAAAACCAAAUUCCAGUUUGAGCACUCAGUCUGAGUUGCGGUCCUGCAGUGUGGAAACUCCCUCCUCCCACCGAGAUGUAGAGAUUGUGGACAAUUUUUACAGAAACCCGGUAACGACAGAUUCCAAAGUGCAAGGAGCUGGACAGGGUAUAUCUAAGACAGGCCUAGAUACCAGCUCGCCUCCCUAUAGAGACUGCUCUCACACAGGUAAUCUCCCCAAUGGGAUGAUGGUGUCAGUGGCAGCAGUUCAGAGGGAGGGACAGAAGGUUGCUAGGAUACGCCACCAGCAACACGGCAGCCUUGGAGCUAAUUCAGACGAAAGGGUAAAAGAUGGAGAUAAGUCUGCAGCAUCUUGGGGUUCCCAAGCGGCUAACCAAGAUGAGCUGAGAAAAGGAUUGCAUCAUGCAUCGAUGGUCAGCAACCAAUCUCCAAACAGUGACCAUAACCAGGCCCAAUCUCAGCCACCUCACUCCUCCUUGCACAAGACCGACAGUGAGCUAAGUGCCAUGAAGAACUUGAUGAACUACAGCUCCCAGCAGCCUCUGCUCCUACCCCAGAGAAGUCCCUUUGGCGGCCUCGGCAGCCUCAAGCAAGGCGGCGAGAGAUCAGAGAAGGCAGACAGGGGAGGGGGCAAAAACAACAGUUCCUCGCAAGACCUUCCCAAGCAGUCCCUGCCUCUUCGGCGAGGUUCCACUAAUGAGGGAGACAAGGGUGACAAAUGCAGGAAGGAGGCAGGGGAGGCAGGAGAGGGGGAGGUGCGACAGCCUCCAGUGGGUAUAGCAGUUGCAGUUGCCCGCCCCCCCCAUCGUUCCCCAGACGACACUCCUGGACACAGCAGACAGGGCAGGGUGCUGCCCAGCAUGAAAGGGGUGUCACGACCGGUGUACCCUCUUAGUCGAGAAGCGGACGAGAGGAAGCGGAUGACAGAGGAACAGCUCAGUCUUCAUCACCUCGACCGAGACAGGGAAAUGAUCAUCAGGGAAAACAAGGAUCGCAUGGAUUUCAGCAGGAUUCAUCCCUCCAGUAGUUGCCACAGUGAUCUCGCCUCUCACCUCUUGGUUCCUGGAGGAGCUAGUCAGUUAGGAGCAGACCCUGCUCAUCACCACUGGAUGCGAAGAACAGGAAGUCCUUCUUUGUGGAUGGGCCAUUCCUAUGGUCUUAGCCACGUGGGAAUGGGUGCCAGUUUCCCACCAGGUCUGCCCAGCCCACUGCAGCCAGUGCUUGGUUCACUGACCCAAGACCCAAACUCCCCACUUGUGGUUCUUUCAGACACCGGGCCUCAUCAUCACCUAGAUGUCCUGGAACAGUCUGGCCUUUGGCCUCCCAUGUACGGGAGUCGUGGCCCUCCGCCACACCUACAGCAUCUUCCUGUCUAUUCCCGCUCUGCUUUCUUGCGACAGCAGGAGCUAUAUGCUCUUCAGCAGCAGCGUGCCAUGGAGCAUUUGCAAUGUCAUUCAUUAGCACAGAGAAAACAAGAAGAGCACUCAGCCACUAUAGAGGAUCCCCCUUCUUCAUCCAGGACGCCUCUAUUGUCCUCAUCUUCCACCGGCACUACAUCUUCACAUGUGGCUAAACCCUUUUCACACACUCCUCCUCCCGCCCCAAAGACAUCGACGCCGUCUCCAGUAGUGUACCCUAGUACUCGCCACUCACCCUGCUACCACUCGCCUUCCAGGCGGUCGCACCCUCCAAACCCUCUAACCCCGGCACCAAGCCCAGCUGCAGUGGCCCCACGCUCUCCUGCGCUUAGCCCAGCGCCUUCACACCUCGCCAAGGGGCUGGAAAGGGGGAGCGACAGGGGAGAGGGACAGCCACCUCAAGAUUAUCCACAAUCCCUGGAGCCAGACCUGCCUCCUGUUUACAACUACCCCUCGCUCACUAUGGAUUACAAGGCUGGGCCUUCUCCUCCAGAAGCAAGACUGGCAGAGACGUCCAUAGAGGAAGCAGAUCCAGCAGAGCCUGAGUCCAAAUCCCUCACUCUCCCAUGCCACAUCCAGCCUCUCUCUAAAGAAGAGAGAAAAUGCGGCGCAGUCAGAGACUGUGAAGUGGUGGAAUCCCAAAGUGGUCUUGUAGAGGGAAAAGAGGAAAUUCAGUCUGAAUUUAAAGGAUGUUCUGCGUCUGAGCCAGAGAGCAGCAGUUCUGGAUUACUGCCUUGCCCUUCUUCUUCUUCUUCUUCUUCUUCACCUUCCGAUUUGGCCUGCUUUUCAGCGGCCAAAGGCAAAGCCAUAAGGGCGAAUCUCUCUCAGUGUUGCCUUCACGAGGAGGUCACCCUGAAUGAGAUGGACCUAUCCAAAGAAAAAGAGGUUGGUGAGGAACAAGGGAAAGAGAACAUUGCUCAGGAUGCAGAAGAUAAAGUGGAAACAACAGAAAUUUGUGAUGAAGAAAAGAGUGGUGAUGAAGAGAGGGUGGAGAACGCAGAAGUGCUUGUGCCUGCAGAAGACUUAGAGAGGAGUGGGAUAAGUCAGGAUGAGAACUCUGAGGAAUUAUCAUGCUCUUCCUCUGAGAGUGCUCUCCCUCUGACGGCAUGUACAUCAAGCCAUCAUCAAGGUGCCUACAUGUGGAGCCUGGAGCUCCUCAUCGCUGCAGCUCUGUGGGCCACCAGAGAUGCCUUAUACCCACCAGUACCUGUCAUUCAACAUGCUGGACACCAAUCACACCAUGGUAUGGAGAUGCUCGGAGAACUAGCAGAGCUUGAGAUUCAGCACCGGAGCCAACAGAGUGACCAAAAAGAAGCAAAUGGUGAGCACAUGCUGACCUUUGACCUCCAAAGUCUGGCAACACUGGCAGCGGCCCGUGCUCUUGAAAUGGGCGCUGGAGAAAGAAUUGUAGCUGCGAACAAGCAAUGCCCAAUAAGGGAAAGACUGAACCUACGCCGGAAGUGCAACUGGACGCCUCGUCAUGAGCCGGUGUGCCCAGUGAAGGGUUCCAUGGAGACGAUCGGAGGGGAGGAGCUGGCCAUGCGUGUCCAGCUGGCUGAGCUUCAGCGCCGCUACAAAGAAAAACAGAGAGAACUGGCCAAGUUACAGAGGAAGCACGACCACCAGAAAGAGGAGACGUGUCGCAGCCCUGCCCGCAGGGGGCCUGGCCGGCCCCGCAAGCGCAAGUCCAUCCCCGGCCCCUCGGCUUUAGAUGACUCUAAAAAACCUCGACAUGACCUGCUGGAAGAAAAAAACAGGAAGAAACUUUCCACCCAUGCAUUUAAUGCCUCCCAGAUGAAGGCUCGCUGUAAGCACAGAGGUCGACCCAGUUCUUUGAGUUCCAGGCUGGCCAGACGAGUGACCCAGCUGAAGCAGAAGGCUGUAGCCCAGAGAGCUUCGCCUGCUGGUGGUGUGCUGCAGUGUAGGGGGAGCCCAGAUGCACGAGAGACUUCCAAGAACCAUGGCAGAGACGAAGGCCAACAGCUGGAUUGGACAGAGGGUCAAACUGUGAAGAGAAAGAGAGGCCGCAAGCCAAAGGUCGAUCCAAAUAGAACUAACGUCACAAACAUCCAAGCCUCUGAGAAUCAGGACGUUAAGGGGGACAGGAGUGAAAGCUCAGAGCAUGAGCAAGAAGAUGAAGAAGAGGAGGACUGCAGUGAUGAGAUUGUCAAUGGCUCAAGUGACAACAAGACAAGCUCGUCUUCUUCCGACGCCCUUUCUCACCCUGCAGGAACCAUGACUCUUUCAACGCAGCCCUGUAGGCCUCAAAAUAAUAGAGGCAGGUGCAAACAACACGGAACUGCUGCGUCAGUUUCACAGUCCACUGGUACAAGCAGCCCGAGCUCAGGCCCGAAAAGGCUGGCCACCAAAUGUUCGGAACACCCAGUGAUUAAAAGAGCAGCUCUGCCCUACUGGGCACCGUCUUCUACCGGCUACAGUUUCAGUGAAAUCCGUGGAAGCACUGGAGCAGAGACCAAAUGGAUCAGCAGGGAGGCCUCCAGGAAAAGCCAAGCAGGACGCUGUCCUCUAGGAAAGGAUAAAGGUCAUGCAGUUAGUCGACUCCUCCAGAGCUUUGCAGCGGAUGAAGACUUCCACAUGGACGAGGAAAGCAGCUUCUCUGAGGGAGAGGAAGAAGAGGAAGAGGAGGAGAAUAAGUUGACACAUCUUCCCCCCAACAUGCCUUCUAAAAUACCUGCGCUACCUAACUGUGUCCUUAGUAAAGAGAUGCUGGUGGAUGGACUGAAGAUCCUGAUCUCUAAAGAGGAUGAGCUUCUCUACGCCGCCUGUGUUCAAACCCUGGAACUGCCUGACAUAUUUAGUGUCGUAAUUGAAGGGGAGCGCGGAAAUCGGCCCAGGAUUUACUCACUGGAGCAACUUCUGCGGGAAGCAGUGCUGGACGUGCGUCCACAGACUGAGGCUAUUCUGACUGCAGGGACAAGGGUCUGUGCCUACUGGAGUGAACGCUCCCGUUGUCUGUACCCCGGAUACGUCCACAGAGGUGGUCCAGGUGAGGAGAAGGAGGGGAGCGUGAUGGUAGAGUUUGACGACGGGGACAGAGGACGAAUCUCACUCUCAAACAUCCGGCUUUUGCCUCCUGGAUACCAAAUCUGCUGUGCAGAACCAUCUCCAGCGCUUCUCAUGUCACCAAGUCGUGGAUGCCGUCGCAACUCGACACAGGAGAAGAAAGACACGCCCACUGAGAAUUCAGCCAAUGAUGAUUCAGCUGGGAGGCCGCAAGAAAAGAGGCCAGUCGGCAGGCCCAAGAAAAUCCAAUCUGCAUCUACAAGCGCCAGCGCACAACCAUCCAGAGCUGAGGCCGCGAACAACGGCAAGGCAUCCUUGUUGAGCUGGUCUGCACCCAGGAAGUGUCCCCCGGACGACUUUUUCCUCUUCAACGGCACAUCCCGGAAAACCCAGAAAAGGACCAGAGAACGAGAAGCAGGGAUGUUUCAUCGGCCUACCUCGCAAUCUCUGGCACCCCCGACACCCCUGAAGGGGAUAUUUGGCUCCCCGUUUGCAGUGGAUUCUUUCAGUAGCAUCGCUAAUGGCCACUCCACAUUUGGAAGCGGAGGAAGUUCGGGAAGUGUUCGACCAGUCAGCUCCAUCAGCCCAAUGGGAGCGCGAGAAGGCGGCCACACCACAACUCCCCUAAUGCUACCUGCUGGGAACAGGAAGCUACUUAGUGAACGAGACAGGAAGCACUUGAUGGUGAAGCUCGACCAUGAAGGAGUUACUUCUCCUAAAACGAAGAAUGGCAAGGCGCUGCUUCGGCUCGGGAGCGUGAUGCGAGUAGGCCGAACCCUCAACUCCUCAGGAGCACCACUGCGAUACAUUCACCCGAACAUGCUGGUGAAGAGCAGCAAACAUGCAGCAGGGCAUAGGCAUACCAGUGGGGCUCAGCUGAAGGCCAAGGCACCUUUGCAAAAAAAGCCUCUGCUUGCAGGACUCGCAGCCAAAGGAGAUUACAGCACUGCGUACCAGAGCGACUGCCCCAGCUCCUACUCCGAGCUGGACGAGGAUGACGAGGAAGCUGUUCAAGGUGAGAGAACGCGGAGAAGAAGUGACUCACCCCACACUGGUGGUCGCUAUCUCUCCCGUCUCUCUGUCUGCUUUUCCUCGUCAUCAUCAUCCUCCUCGUCCUCGGGCUCCCUUUCGUCUUCCUCCAUUUGCUCCUCCGACUCCUCUUACUCAUCUGAUGAAGAGUCCUCCUCAGUGAUGCUGCGCCGCGCUCUCCUUCAGCAGGACAAACACAGGAAGACCAUGAGCUCUGACCUCCAUGGCACCACCUCCAAUUCUUCUUUGUCCACCGCUGCCCCUGCUCACACAUACAUGGCGAAAUCUAACAUGACCCCUUCAGGGUCGAAAGGCAGGGCUCAUAGGCCGGACGACAGGACGGAUUACAAGGGUAAAGGGAGCGUAUCUGCUAAUAGCAGCAGCGCAAAGGUCCAAAUGAAGAGGAAGGAGGGAGCUAACACCAGCCACCACCAGGGUCAGAGUGUUUCUACCAGCCAGCAGCCAAAAACAUCCAACAAGGACACAGUAGCAAAGAGACAGAGGAUGUCUUCACCAGAGCCUCUGUCCAACACCAGCCCACUCCUGCCUGGACGUCAACUCUGGAGGUGGUCUGGCAACCCAACUCAGAGAAGAGGUCUGAAGGGUAAAGCCCGCAAGCUUUUCUACAAGGCCAUCGUCCGGGGCAAAGAGACGGUGCGUGUCGGAGACUGUGCUGUGUUCCUGUCACCGGGCCGGCCUCAGUUGCCCUACGUGGGCAGAGUGGAGAGCCUGUGGGAGUCGUGGAGCUCCAGCAUGGUGGUCAGGGUCAAGUGGUUCUACCACCCAGAGGAGACUCGCCUGGGGAAACGGCACCGCGAUGGCAAGAAUGCCUUGUACCAGUCCAGCCACGAGGAUGAGAAUGAUGUUCAGACCAUCUCUCACCGCUGCCAGGUGGUCAGCAGGGCGGAGUAUGACCAGUUAAUUCAAGAACGCAAGACGGGAAACACAGCUAACGACCUGUUCUACCUGGCUGGGACUUACGAGCCGACCACAGGCCAACUGAUCAGCGCCGACGGUGUCGCUAUUGUAUCCUAGCAUGGCCAAGUGGUGGGAACCCAGUUACUCCAGCACUGGCCUAGAUUCUGGAUGUUUUCUAAGGCUGCUCUGGAACAGAGUGGGACGUCAAAGAAAAUCAUUUGGGCUCAGAGCAUUGAGGAUUCUCUCCUUGUCAAGGAGCUGGUCAGCAGUACUGGCGCUCACUGACCCGCGUUGGAUGGUCGCCUCUUAAUCUGACUGGAGCUCCUUUUCGGAGUUUGACUUUGGCUCUCCGUGUGACAGCAUAUCUCCUUAAUGGAGCAGACUCUUAAAACAGAAGCACUUUGGAGUUUUUUUAUUGGCAGACCCAGCCUUCUUAAACAAAGACUGACUCGUGAAAACAAUUACGGUAAACCACACUGGUUUGAAAGGUUAUUACGGUCUUAAACUGGUGGAUUGACCAUGACGACAUGAUUGGGAGAUCCCUAACCGGACCAAAAAAGAAGAGAAAAAGAAAAAAAGAAGAAAAAAAAAACACAGACUUUUUGUGUGUAAACGUGUGGAAAUAAUGCUUCAGUGUGUCUGUGUGACUGCGUGCAUGUGUGCCAAGAUGACAUCAUGACACACCGAUGGUUUGUCUUAACUAAGUAUGAAGCUGUCCAGUACUAAGUGUGGAGUUUUAGGUCGUGAUGACUGAAACAAGAAAGCGGCGUUUCUCCUGUCAAGCCAUACACAUCAAUACCUCCGUCGUAGCCUCGGAUUCAGGCGCGACCCCACAUGUACAGCUGGUCACGUUUUUUUAUUUGUGAGUUUGUGCGUGGGCCUGUAAUAUUUGUACAGCCUCUUGUGUAUUAUUAUUCUUGUACAUAGUAUAUAUAGAUAUAUCUAUUUGUUCUUUUUCCAUUUACAGAGAGGAUUAUUUUAUUCACAUGAGUUUUUUUUAGGUUGUAAAGGGGUGAAGGUUGGAUUUUCUUUUCAAUGCACUGAACAAAUCCGGAGUUGCAGACGCCAGCUCAACAGCUGACGUCUGCACCGUCGUUAUAUAUGUAGAAAGAGGGAGUAGGAUUUUCCAGGCUUUGUCCAAAAUCUCUUCAUGCCUUUGUUUAGUUUGCCUGAUGUCGACCGUACAUGACAUGACUUUGAAUCGGUUGCGACAUGUAGAUAAGCAAAUGGACUCCUCGCCAUGACGGUGAGAAACAUGCCCACUGGUCCCUCUUCGGCGAAUGACUCUUGUUGAAUUGAAAAAUGAAUUCAAACGACCAAUCACAUUAAAUGAUUUAAGCUCAUCAAUUAUUUAUAGUCCAAAGGCUAGUUGGCUGUAUUGGAAUGUGAAUUAGGAGUUUGGUGGAUGUUUUUAUUUUUUACUUUGAUGUUUAUUUUUGCCACUGGAAAAACAACUAGGGAAAUUCUGUCCUACUAACUGAGCUCAGUAUAACUACUUCCUGGACUGGGUGGGAAGACAAGAAGGUCAUUGUUGUACAUAGUUCAUAGAGUUGAGGGUCCACACUGUGUGCCUUGUAUCAUGACAAGCUAAUGUAAUUUCUGAAAGUUGCUGACCCAUACCAUUUGACUGUACAUACACCAAGGACUGACAGAACCAUCAGACAUAUCACACAUAAGCUUGGGGGCGGCAUUCCCCCAAUGAUUCCAAAGAUGGUCACGUGACAGGGUUUUGAUGAAUCAGGAUCGCAGACAUAUCCUGACUAAAGGAACAUGAACAUCUAGAGUUUAUGCUGUAGGGACAGUUAAAGUUGUGCUGUUUGUUUGUGUGCGUUUCCUGUGGGAGCUGUUAAUCUUCAAACGCGAUGACUGGAAAGAAACAAAGUUUCUGCUCUCCUGUGAUCCUCAAAGAAUCAAUUUUCAUUUCUAGUCGAGUUUAAUUUCAAUCAAGAUUGUACAUAUUUAUCUGGAAACUAAACCAAAGCACCUGUGAGUUUACGCUUCACUUCAUAAGAAGAAACAACUUUAUGAAAUAAAAGAAAAACAAUAUUAGAAAGAGGUUCAAUCCAAGACGGGACCCCUGCAAUCACAGAGGUAUUUGAAGUCCGGUUCCUCCGGUUGUCUCCUCCGGCGUUGCUAUGACAUCCACAGCAGAACGACGUUGUUUGCAUGCUGCCCAGCUGAUGCACUUGAGGUUUCCAUGACAACCGGAGCGACACCACGUGACUGUGAAGGACAAUCAGAGCCAAUCAAUGAGACAACGUAGUGAAAAAAAGGAUCAAAUCAUAAAUAAUGCUUCUUGUCACUUUUAUUCUGCUUUGCCAAAAAAAUGUGUUUUUCUUUGCUUUGUUUACAACCGUCUUACCGUUUAUGCAAGCGCCUGUCUGUUGUCAGUGUUUGGGAUGUACAGGGGGAAGAAGACAAAUGCCUUUUUUUAUUACUUUUUUGGGGACUUUGACUGACUGAACAAUGAUGCUGUUAAACUGCAAAGCAAAAGCUUUUAAAAGAAAUGUGAACUGUGAAAAAAGGCUGUAUUUUCUUUAAGAAACACUGGAUUCACUUCUGACCAUCACAUUUUGACAGAAGCAGCAUCAUUGUGUGACCAGGAUGUUAUUCAACACCCACUGGAACCAUUUUGUGGUUGAGAUGGCCUACUAAAGUAUAUUAUUUCAGUCCUUCUUUUGGGGAAUAUUGAAAUAUUUCCAGAUGUACAAAAUGAAAAAAAGAAGCUAUUUAUCUUAAUUUUAUUUCUCUUUGUGUUUUAUUAAAAAAAGGAUUCUUACUUCAAACUAUCUUGAUUGUUUCUUUCCAGCAGGGUGUGAUCCCUCAAUAGCCCCUUGUGUUUGUCAAUGGUUGUCAUUUGUCAGUGGCAGGAAAAUGGUCCAGAGAUAAAGAAAGCAGAAGAAUAGAGAGGAGGGGAGAUGGAAGAAAACUAAGAGAGGAAGCAAUUUGAAACUGUAGCUGAAGCCAAUGGCGAGGGAAGAAUGGCAGAGAAAGAGAAACCAUAUCCAGCAGUGUAUUGUGAGAGGUGGGCAGGAUUGAGUCUCCUAGGGCUGUACAGGUGGGUCACAUCAUUGGAAUAAUACAAACGGAACUGAACCUUUAAGAGACAAAAGUAGGGGUAUCCACUUUCACCCUGCGUUGAUUUCAAAUCUCUGUGCGUAAGUGAAAGCCUG